AUAAACAUGGUCUAACGGCCGAGAACAAAGCUUGUAUUGUCCUCUGUCUCUGCUUUAAUGCUUUCUCUUUCUCCCUCUUGUUUGGUCCUAACAAAGAUUCCUUUCCUUUUCUCUCGGCAAAGAUAAAGGAUCUUUAAACUUGUGUCAUCUCGUUGCUGUAAUCUCAGAGAGAUCUUGCGGCUGCCCUAAUCGAAAAUGGGUUCAACAAUUCACUACUGUUGUGUCUCAAGCGGCAAUCAGAUUCUGUACGGUUACAACAAUGGCGGAGACCACCACCGUAACGAAAGUCUCGCUGCCUUGUGUUUAGAAAAGACUCCGCCUUUCCACAAGUGGUACUUCGAAACCAUAAGUAAGAGGACCUUUGGGUUCUUGAUUGAAGAAGAUGGGCUCGUGUAUUUCGCCAUUGUUGAUGAGGUUUUCAAGAGAUCUAGCGUUCUUGAGUUUCUUGAGAAUCUAAGGGAUGAGUUAAAGAAAGCAGAUAAGAAGAAUUCAAGAGGAAGUUUCUCCGGGAGUAUCAGUUUUAACAAUGUUCAAGACCAGCUUGUUCGAAGACUCAUAGCUUCGUUAGAGCGUGUUGCUGAGACUAAUCAUCUCACUUGUCUCCCCUUAUCAUCACCUUCCAUUGAUGGUGCUGAACAGAGCGAUGUGGCUAUUUCCACGAAAGCCCCGCUUCUGGGAAGAUCCAACAAGCAAGAGAAGAAGAAGAAAGGGAAAGAUCAUGUGAACACAUUGAGAGGCGUUGAGGUAGAGGAACAACGGAAAUCUACUGAUAGAGGAAACGUUACUGAGAGUUCUAAUGCCUCAUCUGCAGCAGCAGCAGCAGCAACAUAUGUUCCAAGAAGGGAUCGAUCUAGUGGCUCGCAGAGCAUUGAAAAGAAGUGGCGGCGUCAAGUGAAGAUUGUUCUUGUCAUUGAUGCAGCUAUUUGUUUGACUCUACUUGGUGUUUGGUUGGCCAUUUGUCAGGGCAUUCAGUGUAGACUGCAGUUGACAUACUCCGCAGAACUGUUGAUUGUAUAUCUACUAGUGAAAGCAGGUUAAUUCUGUGUGAUUGAGCUGCGGCCUUCUUUGUUCCUGGCUCUACAUUUGUUGAUGUGAAUGGACAAAAUUUGUGUGUUUGGAUCACGGGUAUAAUGCCUUAUUUCAGAACUGUGUUCUCUGUUCUGCCAGAUGAUAUUUAGUAAUACCUCUUCACAACAUAAAAUAUAUGAAUGUUAAGUAAUAAAUGUUAUGAGACAUUGUCACAAGUUAAUAGAAAAGGAUUAUAUUA